GCCCGCGCUUUUCAGGCUCCGCGUUUCCUUCGGGAGGUUCUGUCUGCGGAGGAGGUUGCUCGCUUAGUUUGAUGCAGCGGCAGUGGUCCUUCCCUCAGUGUGGAAAUGCCUGUUAAAAGAUCACUGAAAUUGGAUGAUCCAUUCGAAGCACAUUCAUUUGAGCCUUCAAGAAUCACAAGGAAGAGAGGUUUUACAAAUUAUUCUCCAUCAACUGGAACUUGUCGAUUGAGCCCAUAUGCUUCUCCCACAAACUCUAAAGAACAAGAGCACAAAAAUGGACCUACAAAUGGAAAGAAAAAAAAAUUGAAUCAUCUCAGUUUAACCCAGAGAAAUAAAUCUACGACAAAAGACGAUGAACUGGGGCCCACAUCGGGACCUGAGCCUGCAGCCACUUCUUGGUCAUGGGCGUGCCAGUAUUGCCCUAGGACGGGCGCAGAGACUGCAGCGGAGCAGCAGCGAGCCUACCGAAGUGAUGAAAGAGGACAUCCCUGUCUUGUUCCCCAUCUUAAGGGAAAUGCUUUUAGUUUUUGCCCAUUGAAUAUGAUGUUGGCUGUUGGUUUGUCAUGUUGCCUUUAUUAUGAUGAGGCUUUGAAGGACAGUAGAAAGCUUCAAAAUCUCAUUGGUAUCUCUUAUGGACCAUGUUUCUUAAAAAGAGAAAUGAAGAAAACAAAAGAACUAAUGACAAAAGUAAUAAAACAAAAACUGUUUGAAAAGAAGAGUUCAGAACUUUCUAACAAAGAGUUACGUCAACUUGACAGCUAUGAAUUCCUGAAGGCCAUUUUAAAUUGAGGCAUUCAGAAGAAGUGUAUUCACUCUGAACACCAACUUCUGCAUCUGCCUGAUCAUAUUUAAAGGAACAGAAGAAAUGUUUGUAAUUAAUCUGCCCAGUAAAUACCAGAUCACAGCACUAGGCAGGUGCGUGUCUAGAUAAAAUUUCUUGCAGCUAAUUUAAACUUUCUACACACACCAGUAGAUAAUCUCAAUGUAAAUAAUACAUUUCUUCUUGACCCUUUAAUGAAUAAGCCAACAUGUAGACAAGUAUCUUGACUUUUAUUCUAUAUCAUGUAUGUUUCUGUAUACUUUUAGCAUUUGUGGAUAGAUUUAAUAAAGCAUUUAUGAAAAUGGCA